AUUUAGUUAAACAAGCGUCGUGGCGGUCGCGUGGGCCGCUGGCUGGCUCAUACAGUGAACUACAGUCAGUCUAGAAUAGCCGCGCGCGCAACCGCACAACAUGGUAGCGAGGAAAAUCAGCGAUGCGAUCGCGAGCGGGAUAUGUGCCGUGGUGUUGUUGUGCCUUGUGCGAGGCACCACCACGCUAUCCCUGACGGGGUUCUCUGUCCCGGCGGCGGCUCCGCUGGGCAGUGACGUGCGUCUGCGCUGUGCCUACUCGCUCUCAGCCAACGAGGCGGAGGGCGCCGUCAUCAUCAAGUGGUGGUGGCGCUCGCUGCUGAACAGCUCCGACACCCGCCAGCUGUACCAGCGCAUAGGACACAACAAGCCGCAGGCGAUCCGGCAUAAUACUAAUAUUGAUGAGACGGAGCGCGACACGGUGGAGCUGUCCGGCGUGCAGCCCUCCGAGUCGGGGCAGUACGAGUGCGAGGUGGCCACGCUCAGCGGCGCCGAGGUCCGCCAGCACGCCACGAUGCAAGUCUACACUGAAGGCACCGGCCCAGUUCUCAACGUGUCUCUAGUGGACGACGGCGCGGACGCGGACGAGGCGCCGGACGCGCUCGUCGCGUGCAGCGCCGCCGCCGCCGCGCCGCGCCCCGAGCUGCUGCUCACUGUCAAUGGCCAAGAGCUGAAAACCGAAGAGUCGCUCAACAAAUCAAAGGACGGUUUCUUCGACAUCACGGCGUCGGCGCGAGUGUCGCAGGCGGACGUGGCGGGCGCCGAGUUGCGCUGCGAGCUCACCUUCACCGACGACUCCGUGUCGCACCCGCCCUACACCGCCGAGAUGGUGUUCCAGACUAGCCCCGAGGAGACCACCACGAGCGAGCCCGACAGCCUCACUGAACCCACUACAGACGCCGCCGCCACGUCCGAGCAGCGAGCGAACCUAGAGGAGACCCCAGCCACCGAUGCUGCAUUCUGGCACUAUGCUGUUUCGCCCUUAUUGCUCAUUGCUGUUGCGAUGUUAAUAUGAAAGAGUUACACCAAAUGUACCUAAUGUGUUGUGCCUUAAGUGUUAUUUUGUAUUGAUUUUAAUUAUUUUUAAUGAUGUUUGUUUGACUAAUAAAUAAGCUUUAUUUUUUA